UUCUGCAUAUAGUUUCACAAUGAGAAGAUUUUUAAGACAAGGAAAGAUAACUCUUAUAGCGUGUGCAAGUUUUCUAAUAAUUUUGUUUACAUCUCCACGUCAAUUGCUAGAAAAGUCAUGGAGCUCUUCUGUUCUAAAGAUCUCCUUGAAUGUAGAACAACAAGAUGUUCUGGUUCUCCUGCAUAUCCCUAGAACAGGAAUGACCUCUCUGAUUAACUUGAUGAUGAAAGACUCAGUUGGAACUAUGCCAUGCAGAUGUCCAGAGAAAAUGACCAAAUGUAAAUGUUUAACUACACACAACCAGCCAUGGCUAUUUCACUCGUACAACACAACUGGUUUUACCUGUGGUCAGUUUGCAGACUUCACUACCCUGACAACUUGUCCCAUAGAUCACUGGUUUACGAGGUGCGGGGGUGAUAACCGUCCUUCCAGAAGAUAUCAUUUACUUACCUUGCUAAGAAAACCUGCAGCCAGAUAUUACAGUGAAUGGCUUCAGUCUAAAAAUGAAGAAGAACAUUUUUUCAGAAAUGAGCCUCGUCUUUACAGGAACAUCAGCUUGGAACUACAAAAGAAACAAUUUCCUUGUUAUCUUGGCAUCAAAACUUCAACGCUAAGCCUUUUGGAUUUCAUCAGCUGUAGUGAGAAUCCAGCCAACAACAGACAGACAAGAAUGUUGGCCAAUUUAACAACAGUGUAUUCUAUGGUGAUGAAAGGACACAGCUAUGAGAUGGCUCUGUUAUACAGUGCACAAAACACUUUGCUCAAACUUCCAUUUUUCGGUAUCAUUGACAGACCUGAAGAUACAUUGAAAUUAUUAGAUCAUGAGAUUGGGCUGCGAUUUAAAAGAACAUUGAAUCAGCAUCCAACAAAAGCCAGUAGAGAAUACUUAUCGCUGGAACAGAACGUCUAUAAUAAACUUUUGGAAGCCAACAGCUUGGACAUUCAAUUAUUUCAAUUUGCCGAAAACUAUUUCAAUCAAAGAAUGAACGCCCUAAAAGACUCGGUGGAUCGAAGGUUUCACGAAGUGAUUGGUCAACGAGAACUUCCAACAUUACGUCCAGCUGCCAUCAAUAGUAAAUCUGUUUUUUCAAGUGAGAACAAUAAGCUUCUUAAUAUUCAAAAUGAGGAAACUUUAAAAUCUAUUGAUGACAAUAAUUUUAGAAGGCGAAAUGAUAACAAUGCCGCCUUUCAGUUCUUAAACAAACUGAACAAAAAUCCGAUGGUUUCAAAUAAUUAUAGACCCAUGUCAAACAAACAAAAUUAUAAGAGCGAGUUGAUUGAUAUUGAGAGAACUCGCAGACCAAGGACAGAACUCGAGAAAGCAGUUGACCGAAUGUUCUUGUGAUGUUAGGUCACUAUUUGGAUUGGGUAAAUAGUUACAUUUAUACUAAGAGAGAUUGGCAGGUAAAAGGAAUACAUGGGGGAGCGUUUAAUUUGAUAUCAUUAUGUUGUUCUAAAUAAAAUAAAAUGGGAGGGGUCCAUGGCCAAAUAAAUAAUACAUAGCCUGGGAACAAAUCACUGGGUGAAGUCAGAGGGUAGGCCUAAUGCUUGUACUAUUGUAAGUUAGAGAAUACAGACGUUCCUUCUUUAACAGAAGAUAGUCGUAAUAAAAUAGUACUUCAGAUGCCAAGACUUUAUACGGAUUUUCAACCAUCUCAUAAUAAAAAUUUUUUUAUUAAUUGCUUUUCAUUAUUUUAACUAUUGUCUAUAUCUACUUAGUUUAACAAAAUAGCAAGAGGGAAUGUGUACUGUAGGCCUACAAUUUAGAAUUGGACAAUUAUUAAUUUCUUUAAGCUUCUUGUGUCUUCUGCAGGUGGUCCAUUUCUCCCCACAGGUGGUCCAUUUCUCCCCACAGGUGGUCCAUUUCUCCCCAUAUUGGGGUGGUAUUUUUAAUUAUAAUUUUUUUUUAAUGUAUGACAAUUUUUAUUUUUUUAUAGACUAAAUUUUGAACUAAAUGACUACUUUAUUCAGAACUAUAAAAAAAAAACAUC